AUGUCUACUACGGGCACCAAUAAAGGCAAAAGUGUAUCUUUCAAGGAUCUACUCUACGACUACGACUCUGAUCUCGACCAGGAAAGCGACCCUGAAGUCCUCGAAAGCGACGCUGGAAUCCCCGAUGAGACUACUCCAGAACCCGAAGCAACCCAUAAGUUUCCUCCCAGCCCUACUAGUGCCUAUGAAAUCCUUGGAAUUAACCCUGAAAUCCUUGGAAGUGACCCUGAAGUCCUCGAAAGCGACCCUAGAAUCCCUGAUGAGACUACUCCGGAUCCCGAAGCAACAACCCAUGAGUCCCCUCUGAUGCCCCCUCCUCCUGCAGGGCAAGUAUUUGAGACUCGCCAGUCUGCUAUUGACUCAAUAAACAACUUUGCUAAGCCUUAUGGGUACUCUGUCUCGAUUCUUCGAUCUAAAAAGGGUGUUACGAAUCUCAAAUGCGUCCGCGGAGCUCUUGCUGGAGGAUCUAAUCGACAGGAAAUUCACCCAAAUGACCGGCAUCCAUACAUAAAGAUCAGAGAUAUCUACAAUAUCCAAGCUAAGAUCCAGGAGGAAAUUCUUGGUGGUCGACCCUCGAUCCAGGCCCUACUUCUAGAUCUUCCUGAGAAUGACGAAUGGCUCAUCCGAUACGCGAAUGAACAGGAAGACUCGUAUGUCUUUGUUCUAGACUGUCUUAAGGAGGUUUAUGCCAAGGAAAUCUCUGUAGAGCAUCACCUAGUCGGACCGCGGACUAUUUUUACGGAUCAUGAGCCUGCCCUAAUGAACGCAAUUAACGAUAUCUUCCCUGAUAUAGACCGUAUGAUCUGUCUAUGGCAUGUCAUGAAAAAUAUCAAGAUCAAAGUACGCCCGAUUAUCACUGAAUGCAUCGCCAGGCAGGUUAAUGAUAGUAUUCUUCAAAAAGAUGAAGUUAAAGAGCAGUCUCUAGCGUUAUGGGCAGAGUUUAAGGAAAACCUUGAUGAGGUUUUCUACUUCCUUACAGUUAAGGGUUCUCAGAGAAAUUGGCGCAUAUUUCGACGCAAAUGGGAUCGACUUGGAUUCGAUGAGGUUAAUGACUACAUCAUGAAGGUCUGGAUCGAGGGCUGUGGUGAGCACUUUAUGGCCUGCUAA